AUGGGCGCUCACCCCCUCCCUCGCCCUUCUUCGAAAAAGCAGCUGGCGAGGUUUGGAGCAUCGCCAGCAGCGAGCGAGGGAGCGACGCUCUCGCACGAGGAGCAUCUCACCACAGGAGUAGUUCGUCAGCCCAUCCGGGCUCAGCAAGGCUCGAUGCCAUCGAGGCUUCAUCCAGUCACACCCCCCCCAGGACCAGAGUUAACAUCAGGACAAGAUGGCUCUGUGAACAACCAGACUCAACCUCUUCCUGGCAUACCAGACAAUCCUCCUGCCACCAUUGCUACUCAGCCACCUCCGGGUACAUGGCCUCCAUUGAUGUCAGAUCUGAGGGCAGGCCAAGCCCCGGUACGUGUUCUAAUUUGCGGCCACAGUUACGUCUUCUGGGCCGGAAGGAGGGCAUCCAGUACAGCCGUUGGAACUCAGCUGGGUUUGAGUCGAAUUGCCCAUGUCCAGUGGAUGGGCAAGCGGGGCAUGCGUUGGGAGCACCUCCCUUCAAUGUUGUUUCAACCACGAGUUGCUUUUCCUCCCCCUCAGGUGUUGUUGAUACACCUUGGAGGAAAUGAUAUGGGUGUGCUGACUGGAAAGGCUCUGAUCCUGCAAGCUAUUGCAGAUUUUCAGUUGAUACGGCAACGUUGGCCAGGGAUUCUUAUCUUGUGGUCCUGCAUUAUUCCCAGACAAAAUUGGAGGGCUGGCCGCAAUCCUAGAGCUUUGGAUCGGGCCAGCCAAAAAGUAAAUAGUGAAAUUUAUAAACACCUUUUAAAACAUGGGGAUGUUAGCAUCCAACAUCCAUCAAUUAUUAAAUCCCGGAGGGAGCUGUACAGGAGUGACGGGGUACACCUAUCGGACCUCGGCAAUGACUUAUUUCUGUUGGAUCUGCAGAGGGGUUUGCAGGAGAUAAUUCUGCAUAGGUGGGGGGAUUCGACUAAGCCUUAGGCUUGUCUCCCCUGUGGCAGGGAAGCGGACAUCUUCACAUCACGAGGAUUGGUGAGCAUUCCAAGGCACCUAACGGUGAGGGGUAAACGCCUGAGGCUCACCAGCUGCGAACCUAGCGGCCCAGCUGGCGAGAUAAGGGUUACCCUUGAGGCCGACCUUUCUCACUCACCCGGAGGCUAGCGUCACGGGGAGGAGUGACACCGGAAAGGUCUCCCACCCCAAAAGGGGGAGCCAGUGGGUGGCGACAAGACUGCCGCCACCCAAAGGCCAGGAAUAGCUCGCCCUAGCUGGUAGCGGCUCUUGGCCGCUGAAGUUCUGAUGUCCGCUUAGGUUCAUCCCUCUGCAGAUA